AUACUAUUCUUAAAAGUUGAAGAGUUCAUGUAUUCAAUAUGGCUGAGUACACAAUCUUCACGGGUUGAUGUACCUGGUUUUAGAGAAUAAUUGAUCUAGAAUCUAGACUUCUAGCAAGUAAAUAACAAAGCAUGGCUACUAAAGCAGUUCUACAGAGCUUUGUGCUGGGGCUAAAGCACAGGCAAGAGGAUGUGCGCUUCAAAACUGCUGUGGACUUGCACCACUUUGUUGUGACAGAGCUGAGAGAAAUGCAACAAGAUGACGUGGCCUCCUUUAUGGAUGACUUCAACCAUCACAUAUUUGAAAUGGUUUCUAGCUCUGAUGUCAACGAAAGAAAAGGCGGAGUCUUGGCUAUAGUGAGUCUUCUGGGUGGUGAUGUUGGCAACAUAGGAACUCGCAUGAGUCGCUUUGCCAACUACCUGAUGAACUUGCUGCCAUCCAACUCGUACGACCUGGGUGUCAUGGAGAUGGCUGCCAAGGCUGUGGGCAUUCUGGCGCUGUCCUCUGGGACCUACGCAGCUGAAUAUGUGGAGUUUGAAGUGAGAAGGGCCUUAGAGUGGCUGGUGUCUGAUCGCAUUGAGGGCAGGAGACAGGCAGCUGUGUUGGUGCUCAAAGAACUAGCCGUCAACACACCCACAUUUUUUUACCAACAAGUUCAGCAGUUCUUUGACUCCAUCUUUUUUGCUGUCAGAGAUCCAAAGCCAUCCAUCAGAGAAGGAGCUGUUGCUGCUUUAAGGGCAGCCCUGGCUGUGACCUCACAGAGGGAAACUAAAGCUUCUCAAAGGUCUGUCUACAAGCAAUGUUUUAACGAAGCACUGAAACCUUUUGACGAGGCUGUUGGCAGAGAAAAGAAGAUGACCCGAGAUGACUGGGUGCAUGGGUCACUGCUCAUCAUUAACGAACUGCUCAGGUGUAGCAAUCAAGAGGCAGAGCGUUUGCGUAUGGAAGUGGAAGACAUAACAUCAGAGCAGAACAACCAUGAGAAAAAUGCACGAGAAGUGGGCAGUAAAACCAGGGGACAUGCCAGUGUGUCAGCCCUGCAACAGAUCCAACAGAAGGCGUCGCCGCUCUACAUCUUCUGUCCUGGUGCAAGGGAGAGCCAGCAGAAAAUCCCACUCUUUGAGAGCAAGACUUGCAAGGAUUUGAUGAACGGCAAUUUUGACAGGAUCUGUAAUCUGAUGUUAAACCAUCGCACCAGCAGAAGUGUCUAUGUCCAGCAGACGCUGCUCAGCUCCCUGCCACGUCUUGCAGCCUUUAACCCCCAAGUGUUUACAAGAAUGUCUCCAACUAAUCCUAAACAAGAGAAGGGCUACCUGCUAGACACCAUCAACUUCCUGCUCAGUAUCCUCAAACGAGAGCGAGACCGGGGAUCUCAAGCGUACCUGGCUGUUGGCUUUCUGGCCAUAGCCGUCAACGGAGAAAUCCUCACAUACAUGAGCCGUAUCAUGGAGAUCAUUAGGAACUCUCUGCCUGCUAAAGAUCACUCCACCAAAAAAAGCCGUCACUUUGUGGUGGAGCCCGCAGUUUUCACCUGCAUCAGCAUGUUGUCUCGUGCCAUGGGGCCACAGAUGACUCACGACGUCAAGGAGCUCUUGGAAAGUAUGCUGGCCACAGGUUUAAGCCCUGCCCUGGCCGCAGCACUCAGAGAACUGGCCAUGCAGAUUCCUCAACUCAAGAAGGACAUCCAAGAUGGACUGUUGAAAAACCUCUCACAGAUUCUCAUGGGUCAAACCCUGAGACAUCCUGGGGCUCAACCAAUUGCAGGUCCAGCUGUAGCAAUUUCACCUCUGGCAAAUGAUUCCAAUGAUGUGACCAAUGUGACCCUUGCCCUGCGGACGCUGGGUAGCUUUGAUUUUGAAGGUCACUCCUUGACCCAGUUUGUGCGUCACUGUGCAGAACAUUAUCUGGGCAGUGAGUACAAGGAGAUCAGGAUGGAAGCUGUUACAACAUGCGCUCAGCUCAUGUCUCCAUUACUGCAGCUUCUGUCCAAGCAGCAAGGUCAUGUCAGCAUGACAGCCAUGACAACAGUAGCUGAGGUCUUGAACAAACUCUUGGUCGUUGGCAUCACAGACUCAGAUGCUGACAUCAGGUAUAAUGUAUUGAGCUCCCUGGAUGAAAGGUUUGACCCUCACCUUGCCCAGGCAGAAAACCUGAGUGCACUUUUCAUAGCUUUAAAUGACGAAGCCUUUGAGAUCCGUGAGAGAGCUAUCUGCAUGAUUGGACGCCUCAGUUCCAAGAAUCCAGCCUACGUCAUGCCCUCGCUCAGGAAGGUGCUCAUUCAGAUCCUGACAGAGCUGGAACACAGUGGUAUAGGCCGUAACAAGGAACAAGCGGCCAGAAUGUUGGGCCACCUGGUGUCCAACACGGCCAGACUCAUCAAGCCAUACAUGGUGCCAAUUAUGGAGACUUUGAUCCCAAAACUGAAAGAGACAGAUCAAAAUCCAGCUGUCACAAUCAGCGUUUUACAGGCCAUUGGGGAACAGGCACAGGUGAGUGGGCCAGACAUCAGCCAGUGGAUGGACCAGUUGCUGCCCAUUAUACUAGACAUGCUUCAGGACUCAUCCUCCCUGCAGAAGAGAGAGGUGGCCCUGUGGACGCUGGGCCAACUUGUGGAGAGCACGGGGUCAGUGGUAGAGCCCUACAGCAAGUAUCCCAACCUGCUGGACGUGCUGCUCAACUUCCUCAAGACAGAACAGUCCAUCAGCAUCAGGCGGGAGGUGAUCCGAGUCCUCGGGUUGCUGGGUGCCCUUGACCCUCACAAACACCGCAUGAACCUUGGGGUCAUCAAGGACACUGAGGCAGGGGUCAGCAAGUCUGACCACAAGUUUGGAGCGCAAGAUGCAGCCUCUGGAGAUGUGAACACAAGUGAGCUGAUGAGCACGUGUGUGACUCUGGAGGAGUUCUACCCAGCCGUGGCCAUCAACCUGCUGAUGCGGAUCAUCCGUGACCCGUCCCUGUCCCAGCACCACAACAUGGUGGUGCAGGCCAUCACCAUCAUCUUCAAGUCCCUCAACAUCAAGUGUGUGCCCUACAUCCAGACGGUCAUCCCCGCCUACCUGACCGUCUUCAGGACAGCUGACCCCAGCUUCAGGGAGUUCCUGUUCCAACAGUUGGGUGUCAUCAUCGCCAUUGUCAAACAGCACAUCAAAAAUUAUUUGGAGGACAUCUUCAACCUAAUCAAGGAGUAUUGGACCAACUCGACCUCGAUGCAGAGCGCCAUCAUCAUGUUGAUUGAGCAGAUUGUCAACGCCCUGGGGACAGAGUUCCGCAUGUAUCUGCCACAGAUCAUUCCACAGAUCCUGCGUGUCUUCAUGCAGGACAACAGUGAGAAUAAGAUUGUCACUGCCAAGCUGUUGAAAGCUCUGGAACUUUUUGACGGAAAUUUGGACGACUACUUGCACCUGUUGCUGCCACCUGUUGUUAAGCUCUUUGAUAAUCCAGAUAAUCCUAUUCAUGUCAGGAGGAGUGCCCUGGAGACCAUAGAUCGUCUUACUGAUUCCUUGGACCUCUCAGAUUAUGCAUCUCGUAUUAUUCACCCUUUGGUGCGGACCAUGGAUACGACACCUGCACUCCACGGAGUGUGUAUGGACACCCUGUGCACCAUGGUGAUACAGCUAAGUUACAAGUUUACCAUCUUUAUACCCAUGGUGGCCAAAGUGAUGAAUCGUCAGAAGAUACAGCACCAGCGUUUCCAUGUCCUGAUGACCAGGAUACUAAAGGGUACCACAAUCGCAGAUGAAGAAGAUGACCCAAUCCUGAUGAAGAAGGAACGCCAGGAUCAGCUGAAGAAGAAAGGAAAGGACAGGUCUGACAACGCCCCAGACACCACUGCCAUUAAAAAACUCAGUGUUAACUUUGAGACCAUGAAGCGAGCUCUAGAGACAGGACGUCGUGUGUCUAAAGAAGACUGGAUGGAAUGGCUGAGGAAGCUGAGCAUUGAGCUGCUGAAGGAGUCUCCCUCCCCUGCCCUCAGAUCCUGCCUGGCCCUGGCACAGACGUACAACCCACUUGCCAGGGAUCUGUUUAACUCAGCUUUUCUGGCUUGCUGGACUGAGCUGACAGAGAUCCAGCAAGACGAGGUCAUUGCCAGUCUGGAGAAAACUUUGACCUCGCAAGAAAUUCCUGAGAUCAUGCAGACUCUUCUCAAUCUUGCUGAGUUCAUGGAGCAUUGUGACAAGGGUCCAUUGCCCCUAGAUGGCCACCUGUUGGGAGAGAGAGCCAUGAAGUGUAGGGCAUAUGCCAAGGCACUUCAUUACAAGGAGGAUGAGUUCCACAAGGGGCCCAACACACAAAUUCUGGAGAACCUAAUCAGCAUCAACAACAAGCUCCAGCAGAGAGAAGCAGCUAAAGGAGUUUUGUUGUACGCCAUGAAACACAACCACGCCAACCUGAAAGUACAGGAGAGCUGGUACGAGAAGCUGCAUGAGUGGGAGAAAGCCUACCAGGCCUACAACAGGAAACAGGAGCAGAACAAAGAUGAUGACAACCUGACUCUGGCCAGGAUGAGGUGUCUGGAGGCCACGGGAGACUGGCAGAGCCUGCACCAGAUAGCGUUAGAGAGAUGGCCGGUGGUAUCUGAUGAGAUCAGGACUGGGAUGGCCAGACUGGCCGCAGUUGCUGCCUGGGGACUUGGGCAGUGGGACAGUGUGGAGCAGUACAUGUGUUUGAUCCCCCGCACUAGUCACGACGCAGCUUUCUUCAGGGCUGUCUACGCCCUACAUUGUGAAAACUACCAAAUAGCACAGCAGUGUAUUGACAAAGCCAGAGAUAUCUUGGACACCGAGCUGACAGCCAUGGCUGGGGAGAGUUACAACAGGGCAUAUGGGGCUAUGGUCAAUGUCCAAAUGUUGUCGGAACUGGAGGAGGUCAUCCAGUACAAGCUGGUGCCAGAGAGGAGGGAAGCCAUCAAACAGAUGUGGUGGAACAGGCUCAAGGGCUGUCAACGUGUGGUGGAAGAUUGGCAGAAGAUCCUGCAGGUCAGGUCUCUGGUCAUCUCACCAGAGGAGGACAUGGAUGCCUGGCUCAAGUUUGCCAGUCUGUGCCGCAAGAAUGAGAGACUGGCCCUGUCCCACAAGACGCUGGUCACUCUGCUGGGCACUGACCCCUCCAAGAACCCGGAGCAUUUCAUCCCCAACACCCACCCUAAGGUGACCUUUGCCUACAUGAAGCACAUGUGGAAGGACAAACACCAACAGAAGGAAGCGUACCAAAAGCUCCAGCACUUUGUCAAACAUUCCCUCCAGACCAAAUCCUUGAUCCUCAUGGGACCUGACGAGGUAGCACAGCGAGCCAAACUAAACCAGCUGACUGCCAGAUGCUACCUGCGGCUGGGCCAGUGGUCAGAAGAGUUGCUGGGUGUGUCAGAGGAGUCCAUUCCACAGAUCCUGGACAACUAUAGCCUGGCUAAGGAACAUGAUGACUCUUGGUACAAGGCCUGGCAUUCCCUGGCCCUGAUGAACUACCAGGCCGUCCUGUUCUACAAGCAGAAAGAGCAGGCGGCCACAGCUGCGGCCACAUCAGAUGGCCUGCUUGACCUGCCUCGGCUGGACAUGGCCAUCUCACCCCGGCCAGAGUCUAUCUCUGCCAAAAUACAGAAGUAUUGUAUCCCAGCUGUUCACGGCUUCUUCAAGUCCAUCUCCCUCUCCACACAGAACAGUCUACAGGACACACUCAGGUUGUUGACCUUGUGGUUUGACUAUGGUCAGUGGCCUGAGGUGUUUGAGAUGAUGAGCGAUGGCAUCAAGAGCAUACAGAUAGACAACUGGCUGCAGGUCAUUCCACAGCUGAUUGCCCGCAUCGACACGCCACGGUCUCUGGUGCAGAGGCUGGUCCACCAACUGCUCAUAGAGAUAGGCAAGGCACAUCCCCAGGCCUUGAUCUACCCUCUGACCGUGGCAUCCAAGUCUAACGCCACUCUCCGCCAGGCUGCCGCCAACAAAAUUCUCAAGUGUAUGUGUGAGAGGAGCCAAAAUCUGGUGGCCCAGGCUAUGCUGGUGUCAGAAGAGCUGAUCCGUGUGGCCAUCUUGUGGCAUGAGCUGUGGCACGAGGGGCUGGAGGAAGCUUCUAGACUCUACUUUGGUGACCGCAACGUGCGCGGCAUGUUCAGCACCCUGGAGCCUCUCCACGCCAUGAUGGAGCGCGGCCCGCAGACUUUGAAGGAAACAUCUUUUACACAGGCUUAUGGGCGGGACUUGAUGGAAGCUCAGGAGUGGUGUCGCAAGUACCAAAGGUCAGGCAAUGUCAAGGACUUGACCCAAGCUUGGGACUUGUACUACCACGUCUUCAGGAGGAUUUCAAAACAGUUGCCUCAGCUGACAUCUCUGGAGCUGCAGUAUGUCUCACCCAAACUCUUGCACUGCCGGGACCUGGAAUUGGCUGUUCCUGGCUCUUACGAGCCUAAUCAACCCGUUAUAAGGAUCAAGAGAGUUCAAAGUUCACUGCAAGUCAUCACUUCCAAACAGAGGCCCAGGAAGCUGAGCAUUUUUGGAAGUGAUGGAGAAGAGUACCAGUUUUUGUUGAAAGGUCACGAGGACCUACGUCAGGACGAGAGGGUCAUGCAGCUCUUUGGUCUAGUCAAUUCUUUGCUGCGUAAUAACCCAGACACUUUCAGGAGAAAUCUUACCAUCACCAGGUUUGCAGCCAUCCCAUUGUCCACCAACUCCGGUCUGAUUGGCUGGGUGAGAAACUGUGACACCAUCCACGCACUCAUCCGGGACUACCGCGAGAAAAGGAAGAUUCUCCUCAACAUUGAGCACAGAGUGAUGUUACGGAUGGCGCCAGACUACGACCACCUGACCUUGAUGCAGAAAGUUGAAGUCUUUGAGCACGCUCUAGAACACACUCAGGGCGAUGACCUGGCCAGAAUUUUAUGGUACAAAUCUCCCAGUUCUGAGGUGUGGUUUGAUCGCCGUACUAAUUACACUCGCUCGUUGGCUGUGAUGUCCAUGGUGGGCUACGUGCUGGGUCUUGGAGACAGGCAUCCGUCCAACCUGAUGCUUGACCGGAUCAGUGGAAAAAUUAUCCACAUUGACUUUGGUGACUGCUUCGAAGUGGCCAUGGUGAGAGAGAAAUAUCCGGAGAAGAUUCCUUUCCGGCUGACACGGAUGCUCAUCAACGCCAUGGAGGUGACUGGUAUAGACGGCAACUACAGGAUGACCUGUGAGAAGGUCAUGGCCGUCCUGCGAGACAACAAAGAGUCCCUGAUGGCCGUGCUGGAAGCUUUUGUCUACGAUCCACUGCUCAGCUGGCGCUUGGUGGAUGCACACAAAACUAAAGUGGGUGGAGCUGGUGGGAAAGGUGGAAAAUCUGGUGGAUCCAUCAAUGACAGUCACGACAGCUCAACCUCAGGUGACCUACUAGACAACAUAGAGAGCUCCCAGCCCAGUGGGGCGGGCAAGAAACCAGAGGCAGGGGACCCAGGGGAAGAGGUCAGCGUGGCCCCAGAGGUCACAAGCAAGAAGGCAAUCAGCAUUGUCAACAGGGUCAGAGACAAAUUGACCGGACGAGACUUUGGACAAGAAGAGCCGGUGGACGUCAAGAGACAAGUGGACCUUCUCAUCCAGCAAGCCACCUCACAUGAAAAUCUUUGUCAGUGUUAUAUAGGCUGGUGUCCCUUUUGGUAGGUGCUCUCCCGCGUUGAAGCUGGAUUCUGUCCCUUGCUGGACCUGGAUUCUGCCCCUUGUAUUAACUGGAUUCUGCCCCUUGUAUUAACUGGGUGCUGCCCCUUGUAUUAACUGGGUGCUGUCACUUGUAUUAACUGGGUGCUGCCCCUUGUAUUAACUGGGUGCUGUCACUUGUAUUAACUGGGUGCUGUCACUUGUAUUAACUGGGUGCUGUCACUUGUAUUAACUGGGUGCUGUCCCUUGCAAGGAUAAACUUCUGUCCCUAGUAUUGUUUGUUAAAGCAUUUAGUGAAUUAAUUGUGAUGUCAAUAGAGCAACUGUACUCUACAGAAAAUUUGAUGUUUUAAAAUUUUGUCUUACUAACGACAGCAGUGUCAUGUGAAGUCAUGUGACAAGGCAUCUGUCAUGUCAUGUAAAUAAAUACCGUUCACUUUUUACACAUACCUGUAUAUAUCCGUUAAUUACCUGUACUUUGAUUGACACUAAUUGUAUUUUAUCAUGCUGGAAAUUGUUUACACAUUUUGGUUUUGUGCUGUUCAGAUUUUGUGUGUGUCAGUAUCAGAUUUAUUUCAAUGUGUAUCAGAUUUUGUGGGCAUCAGAUUUUUAACAAAUUUGUAAAUUGCCAAAUGUUCACAGUCACACACUAUUUUUGUGUAGCUGGUUAAUUACAGAUGAGUUGUCACCCAUAGUUUUUUUUUACUUGAGGAAUGUUUCCCAUAUUUGAUACAAACUUUUGUGAUUGGUCUUUCAAGGUUCAUGUCUAGUUCCCUUAGAAUUUGGCCACAUGGCCCAUGUCUAGUUCCCUUAGAAUUUGGCCACAUGGCCCAUGUCUAGUUCCCUUAGAAUUUGGCCACAUGGCCCAUGUCUAGUUCCCUUAGAAUUUGGCCACAUGGCCCAUGUCUAGUUCCCUUAGAAUUUGGCCACAUGGCCCAUGUCUAGUUCCCUUAGAAUUUGGCCACAUGGCCCAUGUCUAGUUCCCUUAGAAUUUGGCCACAUGGCCCAUGUCAGGAUCACGGGGACUGGCCAAAUGUCAGAGGGAAUUUUUUUUGUUUACUUGUUUAUUUUUCAUUCCAGAUUUUCAUGGUUUUUCUAGAAUGUCAUGUCAUGCAUGUCAUGAGUGUAGGUCUCCAGAGAAAUGUGUAAAAGAUGUGAGACAAGUUGGCCAGUGAGUGUGUUAGGAUGUGUGGCGUCUGGGUGUCUGUAAUGCAGUGGUCAGUGUCAUGGUCAGUGACAUGGUCAGUGCCACUGGUUGAUGCCACAUGUCAGUUGAUGGUGUCAGUAACCUGUUGUCAUGACUUGAUGUCAGUGAUGGAGCAGCUAGAUUUGUCAUGUCAGCUCCUGUGUGUUCUUGUUGACAAUUAGACUGACGUCAGCGUGUUUGAUUAAAGAGAUUUCAAUGGUUU